AUGGAAUAUUUCAUGCUCUUCGGCUUUGUGGGAAUUCUCAGGGAAUCUCUCAAAAUCUUCUGCAAAAAUGGGAAGCUCAUGGCUUCUCUCUCCUUGUUAACACUCUCACUUUUCUCUUUAUUCUACUUGUGCUAUGUCUUUUCCAUCAAGCCAGUCAUCACCGACUUCCUCCUCAAGCAAAGUCUUCUGCCGGUCACCGACCCCAAAAGCCCGGAGUUCUUCCUCCUCCUCCUCGACUUAAAAGACGACAUCAGAGCAUUUGUCGGCAUAGAAUGGAUCUACGUUCUCAUCACCACUGCCGUCUCUUUGUUCUUCACGACAGCUGCAAUUAUCGCAGCUGCCAUGGUUCAUGGCGGCAGAAACUUGAACUUCAAGGAACUGUUGAUAUCAACCAUAAAAUCAUUCAAAAAAGUUCUCUUUACUUGGUUUUACACCACCCUUUUAGGGCUCGGUUUUGUUUUUCUUGUCUUGGCGAAUCUUCUCCCCAUGGUGCUUGUUGUGCAGCAGCCUCUCGCAGCAAAAGUCUUGGCUGUAAUCCUUGUAAUUCUAGCUUCGGUUCUCUAUAUUUACUUGGCUGUCAUCUGGAUUUUAGCCUUUGUUGUCUCAGUAUUGGAAGAGAAAAGGGGAGUCGAGGCUCUUGGAAAGGCAGCACAGAUAGUUAAGGGCAUGCAGCUGACUGGUUUUCGUCUGAAUCUUGUGUUUACAGUAUUGUUCAUGGUGCCUCAUGGAAUGAAUAUGAUGCUGGGAACUAAAUUAUUAUUUUCAAUUUCCAUGAUUGUUACACUGGUUUUUGUAAAUUAUAUCUGGCUGGUCAAGAUGUUUAUGUUGUCUGCAUACACAGUAUUGUACUACCAGUGCAAGAAAAUCCAUGGAGAAGAAGUGGAAUUGCAGUGGGAUUCAGGGUAUAAUAAAGUGCCAACACUUCCGCUUCUUGAUGAGAGUUUGGCAUGA